GGGCGUUGAGGAGGAGCCGCUCCCCGGCCUGGGGAGAGAGGACCAGUAGCACUUUGUUACAGUGGAUGAAGGAAGACGUCGACAACUCUAGUUGAAACUUUUCCGUCAAAUGCAUUUCAACAGAUGAAACAAGACACUGUUCGGAGUUGUUACAUACAAUGGCUGUAUGGAUAUUCAAGAAAAAUGAAUACUUUUUAUGUUUAUAUGUAAAUAUUGAUCCAAAAUUAGUUGUUAACGUGUUUAUAGUAUUUGGACUUGAAGUAGAUAUUUUUAAAACUGUUUUGUUUUACCACAAUCCUUUAAUGUUCUAAUGUAUGCUGUAAUGUGUGAUGUUUUCUUCAUUUUGUGUAUAUUUUUGAUAUUCUCAGGUACAUGAGAUAAACUCAUGGAUUAAAUUGGGUUCUUAUUGAACUAACUUUAAAUGUUAUAUUUCUAGUUUAUUUCACAUCAGCAUAACACAUCUGAUAAAACCAUUACUCACAAUGCACAACAUAACAUAAUGUGGACAUCGUGUGUUGUAUUGAGUACUAUUAUUGAAUGAUAACAAUAUUACUUUACUAGUAAGAAACACUAUGAUUUGAUUUUACAUCAUUGCAUUGACAUGUAAUAUUUAUAAUAGACCAGGUAGGGAAUGGGGGCGGGACUAGUGACGUCGUCAGCGAGCGCCGGGAAUCUUUUUUCCAAUGGGGAGAAAAAAGAAAGAAAAGAAGGAAAGAUGUUGGGACGUGAUGAUGGACCGACCCGGUGAGGUGUAACCUCCACACUCCGUUAUAUGCAGCCUCUCAAUCGAUGGACCUGACGGAGAGCUGGACUCCAGCUGUGCUCGGAGCUGAUUCCCAUUGGUCGACCGCCAUGGGCGUCUGAUCCACCGGCCGCGUUGCUCCGGGAGGAGACCGCCAUGGCGUUCCGCGAGGUGGAAGAGCAGGACGGCGAGACGAAGCAUCUGACUCUGGCCCGCGAGCAUCUGUCCGUCUGCAGCGUCCAUGACCCCCUGGAAGACCCCCACCCGGACCCCGACGCCCCCGCCCCCGCCCCCGCCCCCACCAAGCCCCCGGCGCCCGGCAAACUACGCAGAACCGCCCUGAGGUUCUUCGGCGUGCGUAAAAGUAUCUGCCUUUUGCCCGCCAUAUUCGGCGGGAGGAGCAAGAAUCAAACCAAGAAGAGAGUCGGUAAGAGCAGAACCCACGAUGGCCUCAGCAAGGCGAGCUGCGGGGACAGUCCCGGGAGCGAGGGCGCCUCUGGGGGAAGCUUCGGGACCCUCGGUCGGAGGGAUGGCGUGCAGGGGGGCGCGAGCGGCGACUUCUACCCCGCGGCAGAGCAGAAGUCGCAGUCGUUCCCGCGGCAGAAGAAGGGCCUGAGGGGUCUGUUCCACAGCAUCCGGCUCCACCGCGCGCAGAGGAACGCCGAGGCGGAGAGCAACGAGAUGACGACGCUGCCCUCGUCCGUGGCUCUGGGGGAGGUGCCGGCUGCUGCUGCUGCUGUGGUCGUCGUCGUGGUGCGGGAGGACGCCAACCGAAACGAGUGCCUGGGGAGCUUGUCUUCACCCGAGAUGCCUGACGGGGCGACGCUGAGCGACGCCGCCGCCGUCCCACCCGAAUGUAACGACCGAGACACGAGGGCCUUCGCGGAGCAAGGGCCCCGGGACUCCCUGUCCUUCCGAGAUCCGAUCCCCGACGACCACGAGGACGAGAACACGUCGACGACGUUGUCCGGCGAGUACCUCGACGGGGCUGUCGUCGCGCACAGCGAGUCGUGUCCGCAGCUGGGGUUGACGCCCGAGGCGGAGCCGGCGGCCAGGCCGCCGGGCUCCUCGGACCGGCUCGACCUCAUCUUCGAGGACGUGGCGUCGCUGAAGAGCUUCGACUCGCUGACGGGCUGCGGCGACAUCAUCGCCGACCAGGACGACGACAGCCUGGCGGAGAGCACCGUCUCGGGGGAGCGCAGCCGCAACGCCGGGAAGCGCUCGUCCUGCUGCCUCACGUACCAGGGCGGCGGCGAGGAGAUGGCCUCCCCCGACGACCUGGAGGCCGACGGGCUCCGCGACCUCUGGGGGGAGACGCCCGGGGAGGAGGACAUGUUCUGCUCCAGCAACACAGAGCCCACCUCGGACCUGACCAGCUCCCAGUGCGGCGGCGGCCAGCAGUCCAGCGCCACGGACGCCUCCACCCUCACCCCGGACGAGCUGACCCCCCAGAGCGAGCAUCAGGGCUCGGCGCCCACCAGCGACGAGGGCUACUACGACUCCAUCACCCCGGGGCCCGAGGACGCCCAGGCGAAGCUGGACAGGAUGGGGCCGACGGACAGAAUCCCCAGAGACAGCUACAGCGGGGACGCCCUCUACGAGCUGUUCGUCCCGGAGGAGAGCCUCAUCAGCCCGCACUACGAGAACGGGUCGGGGCUGGGGGGCUCCGAGUCCUGCGGGUACGGGCUGGGCUCGGAGGGGAUGGCCGACACGGCUUUCCUUCCCGAGUUGAAUCCGUUGGAAAUGGGGUCCAACCUCUACGAGGACCAGGACUUCCCGAGUGUGUACGACGCGGUCAUGUGCAACGAAUCCAAAGAGUUUGCACCUUUUUCGAAAAGUUUCUCCGGCUCCCGCCCACAAGAGAAUGCCAACCUCAAUCUGACGACCCAGGAGUUCUUCAACAACAACAACAGAAUCAACCUGGAUCCCUCCCGUGAAAACGGAAACAUACUGGAACCCGCCGAGAGGAGGCUCCAGUCCAUCCACGCCGACUCGUUCGGCAGCGUGGAGGACCCCGACUUUACGAGAUUCUCCCCCACGUUCAGCGACACGAAAGGAUCCCCCGACGGGAACCAACCCCUGCCUUCGUCGUACAGCAACCCCUGCUCGCCGGGACGCGACCACGCGGACGAAGGGCAGACGGUGUGCUUCUCCCAGGCCCUGGUGGACUACACCAAACACUCGCAGUUCCUGAGGGACAACGCGGACGGCCUGGACUCCGGCUCCUCCCUGUCCCCCAACAUGGAGGCGCUGCCCACCAUCGUGACCUUCGACGUGAUGGACAUGCACAACGAGGGGGAGUACGACGACCAGCUGCGGGAGGGCCUGGAGGAGGACGGCGGCUCCGCGCCCUACCCCGCCUUCCAGGAGAGCUACCUGCAGAAGGAGGACCUCGCCCGCUGCGACUACCAAACGCUGAGCUCCGUGUACGGACAGAACCGGUUCGGCGACGCGUGGACCAUCGCCAGCCUGCCGCGCCACCUGGGCCUUCCCAAGGCGGCGUCGGCGUCGGCCUCGGAGCGGAGGAGCCGUUCGCUGGACCGGGAGGGGCUGGAGCGGAGCGCCGAGGAGUACCCCGGGAGCGCGGCGGCCGGGCCCGUCUAUCCCCCGGCCGACGGGGGCUCCCACCGGGCGUACCCCCCCCACGAUACGAAGAAUGUACACUCUGGGUCCGCGUUUGAGGCCCCCGACGGCGGUGGCGGCAGCGUUGUUCCGUGGCCCGCUCCGGCGUCGAGCCGCUCGGCUGCGACGGACGACCAGAGCGAGGUCAAAGCCCUCCGCCGUGCCGCGGCGCGCCCGUCCGUCAGGGACUAUAAGAGCGCCGCGUCCCACCGCCUCCCCGCCGGGGGGGCCCGGGACACCAGACAGUGCGCCCCUCGCCUGCCGCCGGGCGAGUCGGGCUCCCCCUACAGCACCUUCGCGUUCCCCGACCUGACGGGCUCGGACCUGAUGACCAUGGUGGCGGCCUCGGGGGAAUCAGAAGGGGGUGUUUUUUACGCCCCUGCCUUUAAAGUUCAGACAUUUGGUAAGAAGUAGACGGCGGUUUAAUGGCUGCUGUGGUGAGGGGGUUCGUUAUGCAGCGAGGUCACCCAGGGGUACAGCCGGUGCUACUGUCUGCGGAAACAUCCCAUAAUAAGCCGGAGAUCAUCAUCAUCUGCAUGCAUAUAACGAGGGUGUCCUGUCGUUUUUACCAACGCUGAUUCUUACAGUUGGUGUAUUUUUAAUCUGUGGUUCCUGAGGUGUGGUCUGUGAUCACCCCGGUCACGGGCCUGAUCCAGCUGGCAGCCAUCUUGGAUCUAACCGCUAGCUGGGUGGUGAGGUUGAAUGCGGUAUCCAUCAUGCAGUUCCGCCCACGCAGCUAGCGUUUGGAUCCAAGAUGGAGACCAACAUGGCCGUUCGCUGGAUAAGGCCCAUUGCAUCCAGGACCCACAGCUCAGCCUCUCGCAUUAGGUCACUACAUAUCAUUUUGAAAGGAAUACACGUUUUUUUAUACUUUGUUAGUUCACGGAUUUACACGUGGUUAGUGCUCACUGUGUAAUCACUUUACUUUAAUCGCAAGUAGACCUCAUUGAAAUGUAUCCUCACUGAAACGUCUCCAUCUGUGACUCGUGUAACAAGCUGCUGUUUGCACGUGUUUAACAUACCGUAGCCAGACUAUCCAGAUUAUCACAGUAGCUUCACUUUGUCGAAUAGCCUUCUUCUAUUGCACAGUUAAAGUGGGUGGGCUGGGCCACACUGCUCUGCUUAAAGCUGAAAGUGCCAAUGCUAGUUCUUGUGCUACCUUUAGCUGCACAGGGGUGCCUGUAUGUCUCUUUUUGGGGGGUUAUACCUUUUCGUGGCGGUAUUAUUAAACGUUCUUGCUUCGUUCUUUUCUACAUGCCAAAUAGGAUUUUUAGGUAACUACAAAGAUGAACUAUACUCUUCUUAAUUCAUCCAUGAUGAGACACAAUGUCUGUAAGGAAUAUUACCAGAGAUACUCUCUAGUUGUUAGUUUUAGCGAGUCCAGUAUAGGCAGCAUAGCAAUGUUUAAAAAAGAGAAUGGACCAUUUAAAAUGUGCUUUCUGAGACCUCUGACUGCUUGGGCGGACUGAGUCCUCACCGAUCUUUCUUUCAUAAGGAAGAUCCUUACACUUUACUUCUAGAUAAACUGCAUUUAAACCUUCAAUCAUGGCGAAUACAUGUCUGUCCUGGUAGAUAAAGCUUUUUGUGCCCUAUUUUUCCACCACACCUCGCCUGUUUUUCCAGGGUCUGACCCGCUUCCACCAGUUAGCGACGGAUCCGUGUGGCGAACAAGGAGCUGAAGUGUCCCAUGUUUGUGCGUGUCACAAACAUGUCAUGUUUAGUGUGAUGUUGUACAUCUGUCGUAUGAUUUGUAUUUAUACUUCUCAACCCUGUAUUUGAACAGUGUAUUUUGAACUACAUUGUGUGUUAAAUAUAUUUUUUGUUUGAAGAAGUUGGACUAUUUCUUUCAUCAGAUUUCUAAUCAACUACCUGUUGACCUGGGCAAGAAGGGGGUUCAUAUCAUAAAAGGCGUAAUGUUCU